AUGUUAGAAAACUGUGUAAAUCAAGUAGUAUUUUCAUAUAUAACUUUGAGGAUGUCUACUAAUCGCACAAUGCAUGCCGGUAGCUGGACGAAGCUCACCUUGACAGAGUUGAAGGACCUGUGUGCAGCUUGUGGCUUCUCAGUGGAAGGUAAUAAGGAAGAGCUAGUUGAAAGACUGCACACUUAUUUUGAUAAAAGGAAAGAUAAAGGUCCAGAGGAGGAAGAGAUAGUGGAUGUGGAUUCAGAUGAUGACGGGGGUGGUGAGAAUGAGCUGGAUGAAGACUCGCAGGAAGCUGAUAAUAGGAUUAGAGAAAAAUUUGCAACACAUUUUCAAGGGAAAGAAAAAGUUAGUUCGGUUCCAGUAGAUGUUUUCCUGACAGCUCUUAGUAGUAUUGAAAGGAAGAUGGAUAAGAGUUUUUCGGCCUUGUAUAGGGAGAUCGAAGAAGGAAAUUUGUUGGAGGAGGCUUGGCCAAAGGUAAUAAGAACGUUACUAGAUUCUGUUAAGAAAGAAGUUGUUAGUAUGCAUGAUGAGGUAAAAUCAAGGGCCGUUACAUUGAGAUUAGCAGAUGAUAGGGGAUGGGGAGCUGCGCUACAAAUAGUUGGAAGUAGAGAUAAGAUGAUGGAAAAGUACAAAGAUCGCAUACCUGUAAUUGGCCAGGCAGUAUAUCAUUCGCAUCCAUAUGCCAGGAGUUAUAAUAGUAAAUUUCGUAAGUAUCAGUACAAGAGGAAAAGAGCGUCCCCUUCUUCACACCCUGGUCGUAAUAAAAGAUACAGUAAUAAAGGUGGAGCUGGAGAAAUGCAGGCACAAGUAAUUAUUCCAGAAGACAAAAUUAUAGAGAUAAGACAGUUAAUGCUAGAAUUAGUUGGAAAAGAGAAGAUUUCAGCUCACAAGUUGGCAUCAGUAGUGGAAAAAAUUCAGUCAUUGAACAGGGCAUUUGCAUAUGCAAAGAGGGUUUUCCAGGAAGGUAGAGCCUUGGAAGAACCUAAAUUGGCAGUUCCUGGCAGUAAGAGUGGAUUAGUCAGUAAGUUGCUUGUAAGAGUGCAGGCUUUGAGUAGGAAAUCGGUUUCGAAUGAUUGGAAUCGACGUUUGGAUAAAGCAUGGGAUAUAUAUAAGGACUAUUGUGAGAUGAUGAGCUUAGUAGCUUUGCCAACAGAGACUGAUAUACUUUUAUCUUUUCUUGUUUGGCUGAACCUGAUACAUUUCUUUUCAGG